CUGAACAACGUCGUGUUCGUGUCCGCGCUGUUCGCCAUCUUCCUCGGCACCGUCUUUCCGCUGCUGUCCCAGGCCGUGGUCGGGGUUCAGGUGAGCGUCGGCGCCCCGUACUUCAACAGCGUGAUGGCGCCGCUGUUCCUGCUCCUGGUCUUCCUCAUGGGAGUGGGCCCGCUCAUUGCCUGGCGCCGGGCUUCAUGGGACAACCUCAAGCGAAACUUCACCUGGCCCACGGCCGCGUCCCUGGCCGUCGCCGUGGGCCUUUUCGCCGGCGGCAUCCGCUCUUUUUUCUUGCUCCUGGGGUUCACCCUCUGCGCCUUCGCGGUCUGGACCAUGGUCUUCGACACCUUCCUCUCCCUACGCGCCCGCCGGCGGCAGGCCGGCGAGGGGCCGUUGCGCGGGCUCGGCACCCUGAUCCAACGCAACCAGCGCCGCUACGGCGGCUUCGUGGUGCAUCUGGGGGUGGUCCUGAUCGUGCUGGGCAUCGCCGGGUCCAUGGCCUACAGCAUCGAGCGGGAAGCGACCCUGAACGUCGGCGAGACCCUGACGGCCGGAUCCUACCGGGUGGCCUUCGAGGGAUUGCGGGGCUCCCAGCAACCCACCCACUACCGGAUGGAAGGCACGUUUCAGGUUUCACAGAACGGCCAUGCACUGGGACGCCUGUCGCCUACAUUGAAAUUCUUCCCGGCCCAGGACUCGCCCAUCGGGCGAGCGGUUUUCCGCAGCACCCUCAAGGAAGACCUCUACCUGAUCCUUUCGGGAUUCAGCGACGUGGGACGGAAUCAGGCCACCCUCAAGGUACUGAUCCGGCCGCUGGUGCUGUGGAUCUGGCUGGGUGGGUUCGUCAUCACCCUCGGCACGCUCAUGACCAUCCUGCCCCUGGGGCGCGCCGCACGGACGGAAGCUUGA